UGUGUGAUGGCGGUGCUUAUUUACCACCGCGGACUGAAGGAACAAGUUGUAGCCUACAGUACAGCACCCAACCACAACAAGCUUUAGAAUGUUGGGGGCAAAAGGUGAACGUCUUACCUCACAAAGCCAACAGUGACGGAAUAAUGGAUUCUUGACCUGGUCUAGUCGAAGAAAUAUCUCUGCGCGUUGUCCACAUCCUCUCCACCUGACAACCACACACAAACACAGAACUGCAAAGUUGGCUGCUGUCCGGCGUCCAUCUCAAGUUCCGUGUUCAGUGGUACAGUGUGCGGUCAACAUGGAUGAAUUCCCCCCCAAAUUCAGCAAGGUGCUGGUGACACCUGAUCCGCAGUACAUACCGGGGUAUGCAGGUUACUGCCCCCAGCUGAAGUACCACCUGGGGAAGACCUACGGCCAGCUGACUGCCAAGCUGCUGUCCUCUCCGGAGGUGUCACGCUCGCGUCGCCUGGUCCUCCACACGGGCCGCUUCCCCUCCACAGAGAGAGACACAGGCCCGCGGGACGACAACUGGAGGAGCCACCAUGGAGAACGCAGGAAUCUAGAGAGGAUGAUACCGGGCUACACUGGCUUUGUCCCCAAAAGCCAGAACUACUUCUCCCGUACCUACGCAGAGACGUGUCGCGAGGCACUAUCUGAGUUUGACCGAGACCAGCAGAGGAGGGUUCGUCUGGCACCAGCAAACAUACCGCUUGUCACCAACACCACCAAUUCAGAGUUUAAACCUCGGAGACUGAGCCCCCCUCUGACGGCCAUCUCCAAAGAUCCAAACCCCUACGAGGCCCUGGACCCCUGGAAGCCCAAAGUGUCUCCUUACUUCAUGGAGGACAGCAGUCCACACAAGUACUUCAUCUCAGGUUUCACAGGGUACGUGCCCAAAUCUCGCUUCCUGAUUGGCACGGGCUACCCCAUCACCACCAACAAGGCCCUGGUCCAGUUUGGAAAAGAAAUGAGGAGUGACCCCACCUCCCUGCGCCUCCCUGGGGAGGAAUCAGGAGUCCUACCCCCCAUCCCCACAGUCUACCCAUCCCACCGGGGCCUGCUGCCCUCCUACACCGGCCAUGUUCCAGGACACAAGUUCAGGUAUGGCCAGACCUUUGGGCAGCUUACCCACAAUGCCCUGGGGCUAAGCGGCACUCAGAAGAUAGAGGCCAGAGCUCAGUAACGGAGGUGGCUGAUGGACAGAGACUCGUAGGAGGCUUCAGGUGACAGGCAGAACUCCACAGGUGGCCUACUGUCACUCAGGCUGAAGGAGUCACAGUGCUGUUGUUGAUGCUGCUUUACACUGGGCCCUGCAGACACCAGGGGCUGCAGAAGGGCGCUCAGAGAGGACAGAGGGGCCACUGACGAGAAAGCAGCUGUCAGGCUACGAUGAGAGGCUGCAGACCCAGUCAUAGGGACUGAGGAUAGUGGGAUUGUCUUGUGGGGCAGUAAGGGUGGGUCUGGAGAGAAGGACACCAGCAGGUCUGGAUGAUGGAUGUGACUGACAGAGGGUGACAUGGUUGCUACAUGGGAGAUGGGGCAGUGAGGGCUGUGGGUCAGGAGGACUGGGUUGAGGCUCUUCUGCUCUGGGGACAGGCGAAUGAGAUCUUGGCAGAUCUGAGCCAUGCCUUGGCUCCGUUUGAUUGAAUCUUUACAAUGAGACUGGUUUGGGCUACUGUGGGCCUGAACUGGGCUGGGGUAGAUUUGGUCUAGGUCUUCAUAGAGCUGGUCCUGGCAUGAAUAAGCCUGGGUUAGUUUGGUUUUUGUUUGUGCUUGUUUUGGACUGGUCGAAGUGAGACCAAGGUUAGUGUGGGGCCUGUAUGGACUGGAAUGUGUCCAGUUGAGUCUGGACUGGAAGCGUUCUGGACUGGGGGUGCAGGUGGAGCAGGUAUCAGAGCUGGAGGGGCCUUCCAGGAGGAUGGCUCCAUAGCUGCCUAGCGGUGAGGGAUGCAGGUGGGUCAGGAGUCUGUUGCCUUUGCCUAUGCACUUGGACCCUGGCUGGGAGUUGAAGCUGGGCUUGGGGUUCUUGUGGCUGAUGUACUGGUCCAGCAGGGAGCCCAGGGGCUGGCUCUGAGGUUUACCUGCUGGGGGAAGCAGGACGAAGGGCUGGAUGGGCAGGGAGGUGGGCCUCUGAGCCUUACUGUAGCGAACCACAGGAGUGGCCCAUGAACAUGCCCCUGACAGGGAGAGAGGGAGAGGGGAUGAAAAGUUUUAAAGAUAAGGAAAAAACAAGGGUAGAUCAGCUGAAUCGUAAUUACUCAUGUACCAACUGGCUUGUUUUCUUACCCUCCUCCUCCGUCUCAUUGUUCGGUGACACAGAAGGGUGGUUGGACACAGUGAUACUGCCUUGGUUGGGACUCAGGAGUAGGGGGGAGUGGCUGCUACUCUGGCCCAGGGAAACUGCCUCUUGAAUGGGACACAGAUCCUGGGAGGUGUGGGAGUGGCUGGAGGUCUGGCAGCUGUCUGUAUGUCUCUUACAGUAGGCAAUCUCAGCAAAGGAGGUGACAUGCUGGGAGUCCCAGCUCAAACAGCGAGGAUGGUGCAAUGGGGUAGCUCUCCUCCCUUCUUUGUCUAAGCCUUCUUCCUGCUGGCCAUGGAGAAACAGAUAAAACUUUGAUUAGUUGACAGGAAAGUCAACUGCUAUGAGAGUCAUUCUGCUCAUCAUACAUCUUACAAAUUAGUCAAAACCUGAAGAAGAAAUUAAAAAGUUGUGCAUUUUUCUAAACAUACUGUAAGUCAUUGUGGUAUGCCAACCUGUUUCUCCUCCUGGCUCUGCUCUCCCCGGGCCUUACUGAAGAGGAAGUAGUGGCCCUCUGAGGUGACGCUGGUGGUGCUGGACCAGGCUGGGCUGGGCGAGGCUGAUUGGGAUGACAGGUCACAGGUCACCAGCUUGUAGUACUUCUGGGUGGUCCCUGUGGGCAGCAGCCUGGCCUGGCUCUGGAGACAGGAAGUGAGGUCAGAGACCUCCAGAGAGGACAGGAGGCCGUGGGCGUCGGGAAGGUAGACAUUACAGUUGGAGUCCAGCGCCUGUGGUGACCAGCAGGGGACAGAAGGCACCCCGUCAAGAGGAAAGGAGGUUGUUCUGCCCUCCUGACUGGGGCCAGCAGCUUGAGGACCCUGGGGCUCCUGGGGGAAAGGUUGCAGGUUUAGGACGACAGUGCCUUCUGCUGGCUGGGAUGACUGCAUUGCAGGAAUGCUGAGGUCGUUUGGGGUGGCAGGGUUGUUACUCUUGUUGUAGAUCGCACUAAAGUUGACGAGAACCCCAUCUGAGCUGUUGCAGGAGGAGUCUGUGACGUACUCUAGAAGACCAUCAGAGAAAGACUCAGGGAAACAUUUUGUUUGGCCAUAGCUGAAGCAGUAGCUCUCAUCACCACAUUUUAGCAUAUUAUCUUCAACAUCCUCCAGUCUCUCCUGCUCCCCACAGUCCUUCAACACAGUUUUACCCCUGUUGUCAUGGUUCUGACUGGCUGAUUGGCUAGAAGGUUUGGAGGUCUGCCUCCCAGCAUUACUCAGGGCCCAGUUAGAGUUUCCAUGCAACUGCAGCACAAAAGAGGAGUCCUCAUGGUAUCUGUGCAGGUUAUCUCCAUCACUAUCUUCAUCCUCCUCAUCUUCAUCCACCCCUUCAUUAGGGAGAAAGGAGUUGUGUUGCCGUAAAGUACCUCCAACUACAGGGUGUUGUUUAUGUCUUUGAGAGAUUGUCAUCUGUGAAGCCUCCUCUGAUGAUGAUCCAGAGUCACACUUCCCACUGCUGUCACUGCCCCCCUCCCCGUCCCCCUCGCCCCAGUCCUCGUUGAGGCUCCAGUAGCUGGAGGAGAUAUGUCUAAGGUGGUUGUGGAAGGGCUCUCUGUGGAGGUUGCCUUGCUCGGGGAGGGAGGCAGCGCGGGUCAGACCCACGGAGCUGGAGCACAGUCGACCAGGCCGCUUGGAGGAGCCGCUGCACAGAGCCGCCUGCACAGGAAGCUGCCAGGGGGGGAGCUGCACCAGGGGGAAGUGACACGCGAUCAGGGUGUCCCCUGAUAGGCUGGCUGUCAUGUUCAUUCUCUCAGCUCAGCAGUUGAUGUUAUUACUGAAAGAGUCUCCAUGCUCUGAAGGAAACAUCUGAAACAGGAGGAAAGGAGAGCAUUAAAUGGGUUAUGAUGAUACGAGAACAGAUAAGCAGCCCAAUGCUACUAUGAAGCCUCAUGCUAAUUCUGAAGUCUAUAGUCAGACUCAGAAAACUAAUGCCUCCUCUGCCCCAAGCCAUCAGCAUGGCCAGCACCAGAGCUGCAUGAUUCACUCAGUCAGCCGUGGCGUGCUCCCUUCCUUCCCACCUAGCAAAAGUCACCCAUAGCUACUCAUAGUGGUGACCCGUCAUUCAGGCCAGAUGGGGCGGGGCCCCACAUUUUUAGGCCAAUUAUUUUGGGGGGAGGUUGCCUGUUUUUCAUGUUAUUUUGCCAUUAAUA